AUGUCCCAACCCGGAUCGGGGGCGUUUGGCCUGCAGAGCCAGCUCGCAGACGCUACGCAUGCUUCCGCCCUCGUCCAGAGGCUCGGCCACUUCUCCACGACGACGCUGCCGGCCUUCGUCUACCAGCUGGACGCCGUCUCGCUCCUCCUGCUCGUCGUCACUCUCGUCGCCUUUCUUGUCCCCGUCUUUAUCCUCUUCCCGCCCAUCCCGGUCGAGCGCAGCGAUGCCCUCCGCCAGACCCACUCCAUGCUCGGCCUGCCGCCGAGUUCCACCAACCUCCGGGACCAGAUGUCGCCCGUCCACCGCGCCCAGCCCGGCCGCUCUGCCAAGGUCCAGAGCUUGUACAUCUACCCGAUCAAGUCGUGCAGAGGCAUCGAGCUCGCCCGCAGCAGGGUCCUGUCCUCGGGCCUUGAGUUUGACCGCCUAUACACCUUUGCCCAGCUGCGCGCUCCCGCCGGAGCCGGCGCCGCCUCCGGUCCUCUACAGGCUAAGCCGGUGUGGCAGUUCCUGACUCUGAGGCAGCUUCCACUUUUGGCCAAUGUCAAGGUCGACCUUUGGACUCCAGAUCCGACAAAGACUAGCAGGCUGCUUGGUAAGGUGGACGAGGCGUUCUUGGUUGUGAGAUUCCCGUGGAUGGACCACGGCCUGCGAGGCCUGGCGCAGUGGGUGUCGGCAAAGUUAAGCCGUGGCCUCCAGGCUGAGCCCGAGAAGGAAUUCAUGUUGCCAGUCUCGUUCCCCUCCGAUCAAGACAUCAAGGCUUGUGGCUACACAUUUGCAAAUGUCAAGAUCUGGAAUGACGUUAUAUUCGCGCUCAAUGUGGAAACUGAGCUUCCCCCAGAGCUGGCUCAGUAUCUGGGCGUCCAACAUCGCCUCGGGUUGUUCAGGAUGGACCCGUCGAAGCGGAGAGAGGUUUUCCGCAAUGCCCAGCGAAAAAGCGAGCUUGGUUACCAGCCUGUCGUCGACUUCCAUGAUGGUAACCUCGACACCCUACUCCUCAAGGACGAGGCCAUGGAAGAACUCGAUGCACGCCGAUUCAGGCCCAACAUUAUUACUUCCGGGAGCGAAGAAUACGAGGAAGAGACCUGGAAGGUCAUCAACCUCAAACACCCGUCCACCAACGAAGAGUGCCAUUUUGACGUUUCGUGCCGGACAGUUCGGUGCAAAUUGCCCAACGUUGAUCCCCAAACGGGCAUCCGCCACAAGGUCGAACCCGACCGCGCGCUCAGAAAGUUCCGCGACGUUGAUGAAGGGGCUCCUAAGAUGGGAUGCAUGGGGAUGCAGUUGUGUCCCAUGUUCCCCAAUGCCAAGAGCGUCGAUGAACCUGACGCCUACAUCGAAGUUGGCAUGAGCAUUGACGUCGUGAAACGUGGUUCGCAUCUCUACAUCAAACAGUAG